CGAGGCUAUGUCAACAGAGGAAGUGAAAAUUUCUCGAAAAAAUUCUAUGAUGUAAAAUACGAUUUGCUACAACCUAAACGUCAAAAUGGACGCCAUCGAGUUAUUGAAGUAUAUGUUGGCCAUUUAUCUUCUUCUAGAAAUAGUGGAUUGUACUCCAUUGCAAGGCAGUUUAGUCCUAACAGUAGUACAAGUAUCAGCCAACAAUGCCACUAUACGUUGGAUGACAAACUCUGAGCCAAUUGCUAACUGUACGCUAGCAUAUAAGGCAGAAGAUGAGACUGAAGUUACAUUACUGACUCAUGUUUCACCAACAGGACAUCAGAUUGUUCUGGAGAAUCUACACCCACAUAGCAAUUAUACAUUGGAUGUUGAAUGCAUGGGUCCAAAUGGACAGCUCAGUCAGUCAGAAAAAAUCACUUUUAAAACAGUUACUAAUGGAACAGUACUCAAUCCAUUUACCAAUACACAUGGCGGGGGUGGUAUAUCUUUUAAUCCUGUCAACAAAAACAGUGCAGACCUAAACUUUGAUAGAGACUCGGGUACAAUAAGCAAAAAGCUUAGUGACCCCCCUUCGACAUUGGGUGUUGUUAUGGGUGUUUUACUUGGUUUAGCAGGGGGUCUUGUCCUUGGUAUUAUUGGCUUCUAUAUAUACAAAAAACUGCGGAGGAGAAGACAACUUGCAAGAUUCCUUCGAUACAGAGAACAUGAUGAUGAAGAGCCAUUCCCCAGCAAUCUUGAGAUACAUGUACAUAAUGACUGUGACAAUGAGCCUCAGUUGCAGUCUUGAGAUAUAUGUACAUAAUGACUGUGACAAUGAGCCUCAGUUGCAGUCUUGAGAUA